CGUGAUACCAAUAUUAAACUUGCUGCGCGAGACUUUUACCCAUCCAUACACACAUACUUGUGACGCUAAGUGUGUAUAGCUGCACCAUCAGCCUGCGCAUUGUGGCUCUAUUUUACUUAAGUUGCGUCGACGUUUGUAUCUAGUAAUAGACCAACGACUUCAAAUUGCAUCAUGUCGUCCUCACUCCUUCGAUUGAGAGCUGUUCCACUAUCGGCCUAUCGCGCGCCGCUGCAUGCAGUAAGAAAGCAUAGACCGCAUCCAUACAACACAAAUACGCAGUACAUAUCACACCAACACGUGCGAAGCCUCUCAAUAUGGGAAAGGGCCACUACUUGGGUGAACGGUCCUGAUACCAAGGCGCCGAUACCGAAAAGAACAGAUAUAAAUGGCAAUACACUGGAGAAGCAAGGCGAGGCUACUUUAGGCGCGAGCGAACUGCAGAACGGAUUGAAUACACAUGCUAGCCAGGGCCAACAUGACCAUCCCAAGCCCACCGUAUCUGAAGAUCCCGCGGAGAAAAUCAUCAGGUACGGUUUUGUAGUGUAUGGGGUAAAAUAUAUACGAGUAUAA